AUGACAAAUUUGGUUGUAAUCAUCCAAUCAAUCGGGCUGAAUUUGAAGGAUGGCAGGCUGUGCUGCCCUUGCUGCCGCGGUCCACCAGGUUCCGGUCCUGGAAGCGGUCGAAGAGGAAUGGAGAUUGCGGGAUCUGCUCUACGCAAGCUACCUAUCACACACAACACAGUUUCGAUAUCUCCUUUCAACGGGAGACAAAAGCAAGAAACUGCGUCGAGAUUGCGUAACAAUGAUGGGUUCGAAGAAAUAAUCGGUGCAGACAUCAAUCCCGAGUUGCCCGAAUCGUUGUCGAACCUCAAUCGAGGAAGCAUCUAUAAGGCCGAACAUAAGACGGUGGAGCGAGUGUAUCCCUCGGGGGGAGAGUACGAUCCCGAUGAGGAUCCUUAUUAUAAUAAACGUCCAAACAGUGGCAUGGAACGGGGACAGCUGAAAAGCGUUGAUUCCAGAACUCCCGCUCAUGGACCCAGCCCAACCAUGUAUUCCUCUCGUGGGUCUGUC